AUGCUUGUGAACUUGCUUUUAGCUAUAGGAAUAAAUCGUGGAGUUUCCAAAGAAAGUGAGAUGAUGGUGAAGAUAAAAGAUGUUUCACCUCCGGAAGUAUCGGCUGUGGUAACACUUCUUGCUGAAAAUCGUUAUACACAGCAAGAAAUUACCGACAGAAUGAGAAUAUCGCAGAAAACUCAGAACAGAAUCAAACUUUCAGUCCAGAGAAGUGGUGAAUACAAGCCAAACAGGAAAGGAAAAUCUAGAACAAUGAGAAGACUUACAGACAUGGAAACAAUGAACCGCAAACUUAUUUCUACACAGUUUAGCCAUCAGCUGAAAGGUUUGGGUGUUGAAGUUUCACCUGUGACAGUGAGAAAGAGGCUGUUUGAAUGUGCUUUAAAGGCAUGCCGACCAAGGAAAAAACAGAAAAUUGCACUUGUCAUGAAAACCAAAAGAUUACAGUGGGCUAAACAAGUUCAGGAGUGGACAAGUGAAGACUGGACUAAGAUAUGUUCAAUGAUAUGGUAA